UCUUAGAAAAAGUGCGAUGCUGUUUUUUGCAGGUUCUUUUAGAGAAUACUUAAGUAAAAAAAUAGUUCUAUGAAUUUCCCGUGUUAUCCACAUGGUACUGAUUAACUAAAUUGUCGAUCAGUGAAGCUGCAUUAUCAGCUGGGCCAACUUCAGACAAAAUCACUGUGUAUCGGCAUUGGCAAACGAUUUUGUCUAAGACAGCAAAACAUUGUGCUCUGUGUAUAUAUGUGUAAAGAGUUUCGCCGGCUUACGCUCAAUAUUUUUGCACUGUGUGACUUGCUACGAUUUUUCCGGACUGUCUUUUGCACUCAAAUAGCAAAUGCGUGCAGUCUGAAUUAGACUAUACAUGGAAGAAUCGUUGGUGAUCUCGUAAAUUAAAAAAAACCGAACCUAUUUAGAUAAACAAAAUCGUAGCUAUCUCAUAGAAGAUACGGCGUUUGAAUUCCCGUUUAUUGAAAAAAAAGUGUAAAGUCGGCUUCGGAUUUACUCCAUUCAAAUUAAUUUAAAAUUUAGUUCAUCUUUCGACCGGAAGAACGUUUUUCGUGCUUAAAAUUGGCAUACCAAACGUAGAAAUUUGGAUGUUUAUUAUACCGACAAGUAUAAUAAUUAAUAAAACAAAAAACUGACUAGAGAAUUUUUCAUAAAUAAACAUAGCCGCACACUCUAUAUUUUUCAAAAUAGUGCUAAAAUGCCUCGCAUAGAAAAAUAGAAUUCGCCUACAUCGCAUAUAAAAACCUACAUCAUGAUUUAAUUAGAAAAUGAAAAGUUCUAUAAAACGGGUCUCUCAGGACGAAACGAUGUGAGAAUAAUAUUGUUCAAAACAGCUAACUACGAUCAAUUGCCGAAACUAAACGAAGAAAUUUUUUAUGAAGACGGAACAUUGUGAGAGGACGCAGCGUGAGGAGUGCACGCUGUUGGUAUAGUCAUAAAAAACAAAAAAAAACUUUGCACUCGACUAAAUGUUGUGAGGUGAUUCGUCAGUUUUGCCUGGUGAACGAUGGAUCCCAGUUUAGACCCGAAGCAGCAAUACGGAGAGUUGAAGCGGAAGGUUCGUCAGCUUAUUGCUGAGAACGAAAUUUACAAACAGGAAAUUGCCAAGGUAAAUGAUCGCCUGCUCCGUGUGACUCGCGAUAAGGCAUUCCUUUUAGAUCAACUUCUGCCAUAUGAAGAAGACGAUUCAUCUACUGAGAGUGAACUGUCUGAUUCAGAUCAAGAUUCACACCUUCCAACCCCACAACCACAACCUAAUACACCAUCUGUACCACGUCGCACACAACUACCGCAUAUAGGAACAACAGGUCAGGAGAAAAAUAAUCGUAGUGGAACUUCAGUCGCCUCAGAAAAGCCCCCAUCUGGUACCAAAAAGCCGCGACCUCCGAGGCCGCGAAAGCCUCGCAAUCCACAGGGUGGCGGGCCCGGAGGAGAACCAGGUGGCCCCUGCAGUAGAUUUGGUGGAGGGGGUGGCCCAGGUAAAAGCGGAAAUGGCAAAGGAGGGAACAGUAGUGGUCAUAAUCUUGACGCUAGUACAGGGAACGGUGGUGCUGGCGGUGGGGGUUCGAAAAGACUUACAAGUAGUAGCAACGCUCAAGAAAACCAUUACCUAGAAGGAAGUGGUGGAGGGUCAAGUGGGGGCUACCAGAAAGGUUCUGGAAGCCACAAGGAUGCCAGUGGAGCGGUAACUCAUGGGGCACCUGGGGAUCGGUCCUUCCACUCUGUUAGUCCUGGGAGCGGGGGCCGAAAGUCUGGUGGUGGUGGAGGACAAAGAAAGAAAGCUCGAUUAGAACAACAGGCUGCGGUAAUAGCAGGGCAAGGUGCACAACCCGUUCAGGCUGGGAGACAACAACAUGCCAAAUCAGCCUCACGCCACAGAAGUAGUAAUUCCUCCAACACCAAUCAAACUUAUCUUCAUCAAGGCACAGGAGGUUAUACACAAAGUAACACCUCCGCACGUCAUGCUUCUUCCGGUCGUAAAAGUGGAUCACAUGCAGUCACAGUCGCUGCAGCUGCUGCUCUGGCAAGCAAUGCCGGUUCUCCCAUCGGAGUUGGACUUACGAUAUCUCGCGAAAGUGGAACAGGAACAGCUGUGUCAACAAAUUCAAGUCUUGAGGCGAAUCACAGCCGUAGUGGUCACCACGGUAACUCUUCUGGAGUAAUACCUUCUCCGUCUGUGGCGGCAGCAACUCGUCCCAAUAAUCCCUUAACACCUGAAGAACUUGAAAGGCAUCUAGCGGCCAAACAAGGGGCUCGAAAGAUACAGUCACUACCGCCCCAGCCAGCAUCAUUGACACUUCCGGCUGAAUUAUUCAAUGAGGAUGCUUUCUUAGGUGACUUUGCAGCUGAACAAAUUGUCUAGCGGGAGUGAGAAAUUAAUUAGAAUAACUUAGGCGUAUGUAUUGUUUUCUUCAACAUUUAUCGCAGAAAAGUGUUCCUAUCGAAUCUUCAAGCAAAGUACCAAUGAUGAGUAGUUACACUAAGCGAACCUUUUGUGAACUGCGCUGCAUCUGAAAAAGUUCACAUAAUAGUAUCAGUAUAGAAAAUGAUUGUAUUCACAGUCAAUAUUCUGUCAACAUUUAUUUUCAAAAUUUAGCGUGGGCAGCUGUUGCAGUAAACCAGCCGGUCAAAACUGUACAGCUUUGCUUAACAAGCAGUCUACACCGUAUAUUUUAUCGUUACAAGAUCAGUAUCUUAUUUAUCUUUUGUAAUAUUAUGGAUUUAUCAUGGAACGCGUGCUGUUUGGUAGUGAUUCCGGUAUUUCGCUGUUUGGUAGUGAUUUUGGUAUUUCACGUCAUGUAAUUAACUUUCUUCUCUCUGCCAUAGAUCUCCAUUGUGUAGAAGUCGCUUGAGAGCGCAGAUGCAUCGAUUCGCAUCUGCGAAAAUUUUCGAUCUAUUUUAAGCUCAAUAAGAAUUCAAGACGAAGUUUUGUAAUGGCCCACGCCUGAUACUAUGUGCAUGAUAAUAAUAUUAGGAAAUUACUAAUUGUAACAGUUAAAUAUUGCAUUUAAGUAAACCCUCAUUCGUUGAAGUAUUCUCUCCCGUUUAAUAUAAACUGCCCAGCCGGACCACCUACUGUUUGACUGGGACUGUAUAGCUAACCCUGUACAUACAUAGAGGUUGGGAUAUGUCCGAGAAUUCAACUUAGUUGUUAUAACUUUAUUCAUUUUGCUUUUUUACUACUACACCAUUAAUUAUUAAAAGCGUUAAUUAGUUUUAAAGUAUUGAUUAAUGGUGAAUAAAAUGCAACUUAUAUCUUCUGAAUUUAGAGUUCACAGCAUCGUUUCUGUGUUUAUUUGCUUCAAUCCCCUAAGAAACUAAGCUGUCCACUGUCGGAUGCAUCCGAAUUGAAUCUACUAGUAUUAUGGCCAAUAAUAUUAUGAUAUGACCGAACAAAGCGUAUCAAGUAGCAGCCAAAAUAUUUAAUAUCACGAAAACAAUAACUAAGUACAGGUUAAAUAAAAAAAAAAGGAUUUUUUUUAUUUAGAAAAAGGUGUGCUAACAGCUUACACUGUGGUGUACGUGCGUCAACUGUAGGGUAGGGUUUUCUCCACACAGACACACACAUUGAUAUUUCCAUCACCCUGUAUAAUGCUUAUGCUUAUUAACUGUACACAGUUGUAAAUAAGUGAGUGAGUAAUUUUGUCUGACGAACCUGUCCGCUACACUGAAGUGUUUUCCUUAAUAAUAAAUUUUCGAGUGCGCACUCGAAUUUUUGAAUGUGAAUUAAUUAACAACAA